UGGCGCGCCUCAUCUCUUUUAUUGCGCCCCGUAUGCGUUCUCGGUUUUUCACCGCUUCUCCCUCUCUCCUUCUCGCCACCUCCUACGAGACGUGGGCUCUGUUCGCUGCGGCGGGUCUCUCGCGCGCGCAACCACCUCAAAGCCCUAGCUGCCCUCGCGACUCGGCCGGCGCUCGGUUUGGGUCGUGCCCGUGGCAGCUUGGUUCUUUCGUCCAGGAUUCUCUCUCAUUUCACUUCACGAAUCCCUUCGAAGGAAUGAGAACAGAGAAGAAAAUCGAGAAGAGAACGAAAUAAAGGGAAUAUGGUUGAAAAUGGUCUUACCGAAUAAAGACAUUGUUGAUAUUGGCAUUCUUCUAUUGUUUGAAGUCAAUUAUACCUGUAGAGAUCCUUGCUUUAUUUGGAUUAUUACAGUUUAUUUGGCCUGAAUGGCACAACUGGAUAUUUGCACCUAGAAACUGAGGCUAAGUUCAGAACUUCAUCAUACCCUUUCAUACACAGAAAGUGGCGAGACAUGGAUCGUGAUGAUAUAUCUGGUUUCGUGAGUGGAGGUUGCUAUGAGUCCUGACAUUCUAACCCAAUAGAUGGUAGUAAAGCUAUGGUAUUCGGAAGGCAGGCAAUUGGUUCUUUUCAUUUUCUAUAUGGUUGGUGUUUGAUGCUUCUCAUUUGGAAUGGACAGAAACUCUCGUAACCUUGGGUUUGGUGGUAGUAUCAACUCCUUGAAGACUUCUUAUUAUUGGAGCACAGCUCAAAACACGACCGGGUACAAAGAAAAUACAUCCGACUCCCCAUCGUAUUCCACCUUCUCCAUUUCCAUCUCAAAAGCAUUGAAAAGGAAGCGAGGUGCUAUGGCUGGAGCGAAAGGUAAUGGAAACCCUUUACUCACUUUGGGUUUAGGCUGCUCACCAAGUUCAUCUGAUACUAGCAAGCUAAGCUCUGGCACUGCUUGUGCAACAUCUUCAUCUUUGUUAAAAGAGAUUGAUGAGGAGUCAUCAGUAGAUCUUGGUCUGAACCUUGGGUUUUAUAUUGGUAAUGAUAUUGCACACUGUCAGCAAAAAUCCCAUGAUGGUGUUGAAAAUGUGCUAUUGGCAAACUCUCCUAAACUAGAUCUUCAAUUGAGUUUAUCUACCGGUUCACCUGAAUCAGCUGUCAUUGAUGCAAAUAUGAUGUCACCAGAUGGCUUGCAGAUGUCAAUGACCAACUCGUCCCCUGCCAUUAUAGGAGAAGGAUCAGUAUCCCAUAAUAGGAUUUUUGAGCAUUCUACUGUUUCAUCAUCACAUGCUUCUGGAGCAACAUAUGUCUUUCCAAUUCCAAAGAUAACCAAUGAAGUCAAUGCCUCUACGGCUUCUCUAGUUAUAUCGUCAACUAUAUUUACAAGUGUGAAAAGCCAAGUUGCAUGUACUUCUAAGGCAACUAGCCCCCAACAACGCAGCAAUAACACUAAAAGCUGUCAAUUCCCAGGAUGUAUGAAACGAGCAAGAGGAGCGUCAGGGCAUUGCAUAGCCCAUGGUGGUGGUAGGCGUUGCCAGAAGCCUGGUUGUCAGAAGGGUGCUGAAGGGAGGACGAUCUAUUGCAAGGCCCACGGUGGAGGCAGGAGAUGCCAAUAUCUUGGAUGUACAAAGAGUGCUGAAGGGCGCACAGACCACUGCAUAGCUCAUGGUGGUGGUCGCCGCUGCAGUCAUGAAGGUUGCUCCCGAGCUGCACGUGGGAAAUCUGGCUUGUGCAUCAAGCAUGGUGGUGGCAAAAGGUGUCAGAAGGAGAAUUGCACCAAAAGUGCAGAAGGUCAUUCUGGCCUCUGCAUCGCCCAUGGUGGCGGAAGGCGUUGCCAAUUUUUCGAUUGCACAAAGGGUGCGCAGGGAAGCACAAAGUUCUGCAAGGCACAUGGUGGAGGAAAGCGUUGCACAUUCUUGGGCUGCACCAGAGGGGCUGAAGGUAGCACUGCAUUUUGCAAGGGUCACGGUGGAGGCAAGCGCUGCUCGUUUCAGGGUGCUGGUGUGUGUCCAAAGAGUGUGCAUGGUGGGACUCAAUAUUGUGUUGCGCAUGGCGGUGGCAAGAGGUGUGCUAUUUCUGGCUGCACCAAGAGCGCUAGAGGGCGGACAGAGUAUUGUGUUCGUCAUGGCGGUGGCAAGAGGUGCAAGUUUGAGGGCUGCUGCAAGAGUGCACAGGGGGGUACCGAUUUCUGUAAGGCACAUGGAGGAGGCAAACACUUCUCAUGGGCCCAGGCGGACUCGAGCUUUGGUGAUGGCACACAGCAAUGCGAUAAGUCUGCUCAGAGCAAGGCUGGUCUCUGUUCAGCUCAUAGUGUUUUAGUCCAGGACUACUGUGUUCAUGGUGGUGGUAGCUUAGGCCUUGCAAUCGACCAGUUGGUGUUGGAUGUCAAACCCAACGCGAUGAAAGUUGCUGAAGUGAAUAGGGGCGAUGCGCACGAGAAAAUGAACAACGAUAACAAAUAUUUGUUGGGUAUGGGUAGCUCUGUUCCAGAUGGGGUUGUUCGUCCUCCUGUCCUGACUCCAUCUAUGACCGAUCCGCUUCCGGAGGGCAGAGUUCAUGGUGGCGGGCUAUUGGCUUUACUUUCGUGGGGUGAAAGCUUGGAGAAUGGUGCUUCUGGCACGAAGGCGUGGAUGUAAAGAAAGUGGUUGCUUGUAGUUUUGAUCAGUUUCCAGAGCUUGUCAUAUGACGGGAUAAAGUCAGUCUUUCAGAUUUAUCCAAUUGUUCUCCACUUUCUAGGGUUUGAUAGACCUCCCCCGCUUAUGUACUAAGAAAAAUAAGGGGUAGCUCUUGGGGCAUGCGCUUAACGUAGUGUCUUUUAUUGUAAUUAUUAUUAUACUUAUUAU